ACCCGUUGCAGCCUUAAUAUCAAAUACCUUAUAUUGUCUAUAAACGUGGAAUAUCAUCAUCAUCAUCAUUAUUAUUAUCCAUUCUUCCAUGUUGGCCGGCUGCAGGUGUUUGUGUGCUGCAUCACGCCCCAAUACAUCAUGUCAGAGAACUGUAAUCGGGAGUUGAGCCUCGCCGAUCAGCUCAAGAAACCUAUCAUUCCCAUCAUCUUCAGGAAAGUCCCUUGGCCACCACCUGGCGGCAUGGCCCUCAUCGUGUCACAGCUCAUCUAUGUCACCUUUAUUGGGGUCGGAGGUCAUGGAGGGUCAGGGGUCAAGGCCGACAAGGAGAUGAAGAACCAGGAUGUGAUCCAUCAGAUCACUCGCUACGUCAAGCCCAUCCAGGUCAAACCGGCCGUCAAGAUCGAAGACUCGGCCGUCGAGAUCAUCACGACCAACAACUCCCAGUCAGCCGACUCCACGACCCCGCGGAGCAUGCAUAGCCCCAGCCGAGUGGAGUCCCUGCGCACCCAGAGCAGCCUCGGGAGAAACAGCACGGGUGGAGGAGGAGGGCAGAGACAAGCGCAACAGGUGGCGGUCACCAAGUGUGCCAUCUGUUCCAUUCUCUAGGCUAGGCCACCCAUGCAGGACUGGGAUUUGCAAUGGCUGAUGAAAUCAGUGUUUCUUCUUCUUCAAAAUGGCAACACUUGUAUCUCUCUAUUUGCCUUACUUUUCCUAUGAAAGUUCUGUAUCUAAGAAUAUUAUAAAAUGUCAUUGACGUUAAACUACAACUUUGCUGAUUCAUACUGAAAAACAAUGACUUUGAGCUUAUCAACAUUUUGCUACUUUAAGAAACUUAAUGCUUAUUUUCCUUUAAACAAAUUCUAGCGUCAAAUGCCAAACGGUUAAGCAACAAAAGUCGACACAGUGUGUGAAGAAAUGUUUUGAUCUUUGAAUUGAUUUUUGUGUCAUUAUUGAAUGAGAUUCUCAAAUUUCCUGAACAUUCACUUUGUAAUUCUACAACAAGUGUACCUCCACUUAUGUGUUCAGUGUUCACUUUAAGCAAUAUAUAAUUUUGUUGUGGCCAAGUCAAUAUCCAUUGGAGAUCGGGAGAAAUUGUCAAGAAAAAAAAGAAGUCAUUUUCUGAAUUGGACCAAGAAUACUUAUUUGGUAUGCUUAUAUCAAAGUACAUUGUUCUUUAAAUGUAUACAUGUUAAGAUUUUG